AUGGCGGUGAACCUCUCCCAGGUUAAAUCACAGAAAGUCUCAAAGAAGCAUGCUGAUAGUUCUUCUUCCAAGGUUGUUAAGAAGUCGAAGAAGCAAGACGAAAGUUCCCCACCUCCAAUUGUUGCAAAGAAACCUGAGGAAACAGUUCUAGCACCUCGAACUGGUGUGUUUAAGAAGUUGAAAAAGAAGGCCCGUCCAUCAUCUCCUGCUUACAUGGUGAAACCUCAAAUUAAUCGAAAAGGGUUGGUAAUCGAUGAUGAGUCAACCGAAGAAGAUGUCAUUCUGGAAUCCCCAGUGCGUGACUCUCCAAUCAUUUCGAAUGUUGAAAUGCCUAUCCCUGUUAUCACCACUGUUGAGCCUUCACAAGUUUCUACACCAGAGCCAAUUGUUCUUACUCCACCUGUGGUGUAUGAUAUCGAAACUUCUCAUGAUCAAGGUACAUCUAUUGUUAUUUAUUCUACCUUCGAUAAUUCCAUGAUAGAUACUUCAACAACAUUACCCCCCUUUGCUUCUACUCUAAUCAUUACCCACUCACCCACAUUUGACAACAUUCUAGAUCAACCCAUUACCUCAUUAUUCUCUUCCCAAUCCACAGAUCCACCUGUCACUCUCGAAGACGAACAAAUCCCAACUGAUGGUGAAGAAAAUGAGUUCGAUGGAACUUUUGAUGACAUUCAGUAUGAUUUGGAGGAAGAGAAUAUUCCUGACAAUAGGAUUCUCAUAGGGAAAUAG